AUGACAUCUCGAGCUGAAAAAGUAGAUCGAUUUCCAAAUAAAAUUAAUAUAAAUGUUACAAAAACACAAAAUCUCAAAAGUCCAAGGGCUGAACCAUUAACUGUCAUUCUCCGUUUUGAAUAUAAUGAUGGACAAUUUUCCGAAUCAGGAAAAUUUGAUGUUACUGAUGGAAGUCCACGACAAGUCGAUCAUACUGCUGUUUUAGGUAUCAAUGCUACAGAUUCAAUACAAGUUGAUGAUUUAGGACAAAAACCUGUUCUAAUUACAUUAUUGGAAGCUGCACCUAAAGAUAAAAAAGUUAAAGAAGAUAAAUCAACACCGUUUGGUCAAGCUAUACUUGAUCUUUGGCCGUUACUUAAAAAAGAAACACAAUUUUCCGUUACUGUACCAGUUCAUGCUAUUCCUGGAUCAUUUCUUGAAACACAAGGAGAACAAAAUCAGCCACAUUUAGUUGUCAAUGUCAAUGUUGAACAACCACUUAUUCCUGUUCGUGAUCAAUUUCAUACAAAUGCAGCUCAUAUUACAUUAGAAGGUUUAUAUUCACCACCUGAAGCUUGGCUAGCUGGUGGAACAUCAUUUGUUUAUACAGCAGCAUUACCCAUUCCACUCAAUGAGGAUAAAGAUACAACUGUUGUAUUCACAAAUGGAACAUUACGUGCGCCAGCUGACAUAACAAAUAAACAAAAACGUUGGCCAGAUGCUCGUCGAGUUUUAACUGUAAAUGGUACAUAUAUUCCAGGACAUAAUAUCAAUGAAGAAUCAAUUGAUGAUGAACAAGGCGAAUUACGUAGUAAAGAUGAUCGAGAAUUUCGAACAAAUUCAGAAAAAACUAAACCACAAGUGGUAUGGAAUAUUGAACGACGAUGUUUUUUACUUCCACAUGGAAGUCAAUCUUUACAACAUCAAAUUACACGUGCACCGUAUCUAGCCGUUGAAGUUGUUCGUACAACGACUCCAACUGCACCUAGAGGAAAAAAGGAUGAUGAUAGUGGUCUUAGUUAUCAUGGUGUUGCUUAUAUUGAAACAGCACCACUUCUCUAUCCAGGCGCAACACGAUCACGAGGUGCAUAUAAAAUUGUACCUUAUAAUGAAGCUGAAUAUAAAUCAAAAACAAAACGAUCGAGUAAUGUUCUUGAUGAAGCAAUGCGAAUUGCUAAUAAUUUAUUCGAUCGUUCAUCUUUAACUACAACAAAAAAAGAUACAAAAUUAACAGCUGAUAAACCUGCAUCAUCAAGUGCAUCAGCUAGUGCAUCAAAAAAAAAAGCAGAAGCAGGUGGUGAAGAAGUCGUUGCAACAACAACAGAUGCUCAACAAUAUGUUGAUCAUAAUUCUCAUAUUACAAUUGAUAUUUCAUUUGAUCGACCAAUUAUUGAAAAAAGACAAUUAAGUGAUUUACGUAGAAAAAUAUCUGAACUUGUUCCACCACGUCCAAACUAUCCAGUCAAAGUAAAUAGUUCACAAAAAGCAGUCGAAGAUUAUCAUCAACAAAUUAAAAAUGUUUGUAGUCUAAUUCUUGAUGAAUAUAGAAAAGUAUGUAAUGAUGAAACAAAUGCCGAAGCAUCUGUACCUAAUGAUCAAAAACGUCGUAAAUUAUUAUAUGAAUUAAAUUCAACUGGUAAAUACUUCGCAUUUAAAGAACAACUUAAACAUAGUGUGAUAAAAAUUGUACGAGAAAAAUUUCUUCGUACAAGUAAAUUUAAUAAUCCAGAUGAACUUCAAAUAUUUAUCAGUCAAUUAUAUGUAUUUCUUCUUGAUGAAAUGCAUCGUUCAUUAAAUAAAACAUUAAGUAUUGAAGAACCUGAACCUGUACCACCAUUACGAAAUACUGAUGCACAAUUACGUACAUUUGCACUUGAAGCUGAAAGUAAUGGAGAUUAUCUUUUAGCUGCAAAUUACUAUAAACAACGACUUGCACGAAAUCCAAAUAAACUUCGUGCAUGGCUUGAUUUUGCUGCUUUUCAUUUGCUUGUCAAUGAUUUAAUUAAAGCUGAAGAAUGUCUAAAAGAAUGUAUUGCAAUUGAACAAACAAAUAGCACUGCAUUAAUGUUAAUUGCUGUUGUCAAUGGUAUAUUAGAAAAUAAUGAACUUGCUGAUUUAUAUUUUGAAACAGUUACAGCUGGAGAUAGUGAAGAUGUUAUUGCAUGGACACUUUAUGGCAUUUUUCAAAAACAUAUUCACAAUGAAAUCAAUGCACAAAUAACUUUAGGACAAGCUGAAAAACUUCAACGAGCUAUAUUAAAAAAUGAAGAAGAACAAAUAGCGGCAGCAACACACCAUGCAGCACCAACAAGUGAUGAAAAACGUGAAGAGGAAGAAAAAGAUCGCGCUGCUGAGGAAGGAUUGAAAGGUUCUGAUAAUCAAUUAAAUGUUGCAUCAAAAACUCGUAUAAGUCGAAGUAGUAAAUCAAAUAAAACGAAAACUGAAGUAUCAACAGCUCGAAAAUCUGUUGAUAUGUUAGGCUAUAUCGAACCAGAAAAGACACAUACGAAGAAGAGUAUUUAUCUUAAAGCUGCUGAAUUUUUACUUAAAUAUAAUAUUGCUACUUGGGCAGAAAAAACUUUAGCUUAUGAAUUUCUUACAAAUGCUGGUAAAGAUUAUCAAGUUGAAAUAGCAUUAGCAAAAGCAAAAAUACUUCAGCAAGAUUUUCCAGCAGCUGAAACACAUAUUACACAAGCUUUAUCAAUUGAAUAUGAUAAUGUUGAAGCAUGGGCAUUAUGGGGACAUGUUAAAUAUUUACAAUUAGAUUUCGAAGCUGCUAAAGGUCGUUAUCAACGUACAUUAGUUUUUGGAGAUAAACCAUCAGAUCUUCAUACAGUUUAUAUUCGACUUGGUGCGAUUCUUUUAUCUGAAGGAACAGAAUCAAGUUAUGGAGAAGCGAAAGAAGUAUUUUUAAAUGCAUGCCGAUUUCAACCAACAUGUACAACAUAUUUAGGUCUUGGUAUUGCUUGUUAUCGAAUGAAUCAAUAUGAUGAUGCAGAAGAAGCACUUACAGAAGCUAAUUUUUUGAAUAAUCAAAAUGCCGAGGUUUGGGCUUAUCUAACACUUAUUUGUUUACAAACAAAACGAAAUAUUGAAGCAGAACAAAGUUAUAAAUAUGCUAUUAAACUCGAUCUUCCAGCUGGUCCAUUAAUGGAUGAAAUAAAUUCAUUACAACGUCAAGUUGGUUUUGGUGAUCCAAGUUUUUAG